AUGGCUGCUUUGUUCAACAAACAACUGGGGUCUUCCCUCCUCAAAGAAUCUAUCAAAGAAGUGCCUAUAGCUAUAGCCACAGCAGACAAAAUCACCUACGUCGCCACGCCGACAGGAAUAUACAAAACAGCAACGGGAAAAAAGCUCGACAAAAUAUAUGACUCAAUCGUGAAGAUUAGAGAAGUGUACUGCAUACCACACAUAAAUAUCCUAAUCAUUGUCUACGAUGAUUUGGUGGAAUUCAGAAACGUAGACAACAUUCAAAGCAAGGAAAAACCACAUUACCAAUCGAUAAAUAUUAGAUCCACCAGCGUGUCUAUCUGGAACAACAUAUCGUCCAAUCAUGUUGUCUCGAGAGACACAAACUCGGAUAUGAUUUCUUUGGCAACGGUGGUGCUAGAUCAACGCCAGCGUGUUUCGUAUGGGCCAGUUACGCCCAGCGAUACAGACAGCCCCUCAAGUGAGACGAUGAAUGAUCCACCAGAACCAACACAGACAUUGCUGCCGAAAUCGUCGACCGGUGAACUCUCCGACUUGAUAUCGUGUGUGGCAUUAGCUUCGAAAAAUCAAGUGGUUGUCCUCAAAUGGGUGAACCAUAGUUUUGUCGACCGAUAUAAUCUCUAUAUGUCAAAUACGCAGUUCACACAGUUCAUCGCAGCAGACCAGCUCUUGUGCAUAUCCUCCUCUAACCCUAACGACUUGGUACAUGUCAACCUCACAACGACUAAAAUAAAACACAAUGACUUGUUCAAACUCUUGAACAUAAAAAGCUCUAUGAUGUCUUUCAAACACAGUAAUCAGUUGGCCAACCUCCACUUCUUCAAUAAUCGAAUAGUGUUCCUCAAAUAUGACAUGUUUAUAGCCUUGGCAUAUCCAAAUCUUGAAAAGCUUGUGCAUGUCAAAAUCACGAGUACCAAUUUCAAAGCUUCGAAAAUAGAAUUCCCCUUCAUUUUCUUAAUGUACGGAAAUUCAAUCGAGGUGAGAAGUAUAGCCGAUUUCAAACUCUUCCAAACUAUUCUUCUCGAUUCGAUCAUCAAAAUAGACUAUCAUGAUACAAACCUUUCCGUUCUAACCAAAGAUAGAAUAACAAUUUUGGAAAUGAUAGACUACAACCAAAUACUUGAACUCCUCUAUAACGAAAAAGAUUACGACAAUGCAAUACUCUUGGUUGAAAACCUGGACAUUUCUAAUUUUACCACCGAUCCUGAUUCUACAACGCAAAAUGUUGCUCAACUGAAAUUUGAGAAGUUACGGAAGUUUCAACUCUUGAAGGCAAUAUUCUUACUACAAUCAUCAGAUGAUCAAUUUUCAAAGGCAAUCGAUCUUUUUGCAGAAUAUCUGGGCUCGCCAAAGCAAGUAAUAUCAAACCUCCCUCAAGGGUUGAAACAAGUGAUUGAAAGCGGAGAACUACCACCAUCAUAUACCCACAAGUCUCAGAUCUACCAGUUGAUACGAUUUUUCACUGAUUCAAGAAGAAAAUUAAUAAGACUCUUAGAUAACACCUUCACUGUUUUCAAGUACAACAACCUUGAAAUCACACUUUCCGUUUACAAAGAUGACGAUUCUGAUUUUUCAGUAGAGAAAAAUUUAACACUUCUAGAUAACUACCUUUUUGAAUGUUAUUUGUUGGUAAACACAAAAAUGAUCAACCCCUUCUUAAGAUCUAAGACAUUCUGCGACUUCAAAAUGGUUGAAGAAAAAUGUAAAGAAUUGGAUUUGUUGGACCAACUAAUAACUUUUUAUUAUACUAGAGGCGAAUUCAGUAAAUCAAUUGAGUUGCUACGCCAGUUGAGAAAAAUCGAUGAAUUAGUGAAGUUUUUACAAAAAUUGAUACAACUUCCUCAGGUUCCUAUGAAGCUAAUCACAGAUAACUUACAAGUCAUCGUUGAUAGUAAUAGUAACAAUUUUGAUUUACUUUUGUUGAAUAACAAUAUUGACUACUCUAAUGUUGACUAUAGACAAGUUGUCGAAUACCUCACUCGCCCUAACUUGAAGAACUAUCGACUAAGAUAUCUGGAAUAUCUUAUUCUUCACCAAAAAGUCACCAGCUUGGAACUAUCAAAUGAAUUGUUUGAUAUUUAUUUUGCCGACAUCGAAGCCAACCACGAGAAAAUUGCAAAGCUCUAUUCUGUUAGUUCUUACAACGCCAAUCAAAUUUUGAAAAAGUUAAGAAGCUUACCAUCUUCACACAUAUCCCAAAAACUAAUGAUACCCCCACUAAUGAAAUUGGGUAGAUAUGACGAUAUAUUGAACAUAUAUGUAUACGGUUUGAAUGAUAUAGAAUCAUCCAUUGAUUUUUGUCUACAUGUACGAGAUAUCAAAAAUGACAGCUUGAGUCGUGGUUUGAUUUUCAAAGUAAUCGACCUGUGUUUGAAAAAAAAAGAUCAUCCUAGUAUUAUCAAUUAUAUUCUAAACAACCCCGCUCUUGAUUAUAUCGAUUUUGAAGAGAUACUUAUCAAACUUCCCAAUGAUAUCUCAGUUAAUCUCAUGUCAUCAUUUUUAAUAAUGAAUUUGAAGAAAAUGAAUUCAACUAACAAAAGUCUGAUAGUCAAAAAUGAGCUAUUGAAAGUGAACGUCAUAAACAUGAAGUUGGACAAACUGAGUCUUGAACGCAAGAUGUUCAGAAUGACACAAAGCAGUAUUUGUGUCCAUUGUGGUAGAAAUUUUAAUAAGUCGGAAAUACUAUGUUUUCAUCCCAAUGGAGAUGUUCUGCAUUAUAAAUGCUCCAAAGCACUAUAA